UGGACGCGAUCACUGUUCCCUGUUUUCACCUUAUUUGUGCGGUGCGGACGAUAAUUUUUCCAUGUCGAAAAAAUUAGAAUUUAUUAGAAAUUUAUUACCAAUAAGUGCCAUUAUUUGAUUGGCAUUAAACAAAUAUCACGGUGAAUUAAAAGAAAAAUUUGGUGUUUGAAAAAAAAGCGGGUUUAUUUCUUUUUAUAAAAAACAGGAAAUCAACACAGUGAGUGAAAUAAGUGAGACGACCAUCUUGACGAACAUCGGCUUCGUCGGGUUGUGUGAACACACAAGAAGAACGAACACGAAACCGCGGCAAUGGCAUUGUUCCAAGGAAUAUCUGAUUGUAAUAAGCGAAUGAGGCCAUUAUAGUCAUUGAAUAACUAAUUGUUAUUGAAAUUAACGUGAACCAGCUGUUUUAUCAUAACAAAAAUAGCAGAUUUAAUCAGUAAUUUUGUGCGAUUCUUGUGAGCCAAGUACGUGAAAAAAAUGUCCGAGGGCGGUGGUUCAACAACUCAAAUCAAUCCAAAAGUAAUUAAAGUUGCUCAAGAGGAAAUGGGCAGAUUAGACGUUCUAGUUUGUGGUCAGUGUCACUCGGUGUUUCAUUUUGUCGAAGAAUUCCAAGAGCAUCGUGCCAAAGUUGGUGCCUGUUCGAAAGUUUCUCAGUUUCGAGAAAAUGCCAAUAAUGAACAAAAAGCACAAUUGUGGGCCUUUUUACUUUGGAAGGAUUCGCAAAUCCAUCAACAGGAAAGUGUCGAUAAAGAUGCAACAAAUUCAUGGAAGCUGUAUCAAAAAUGGUGUAAAAUGGAUAUGCAUAUCAGAAAUUCUUGGGUCACAGCAGGAAAAACAAUUCAAACAUUCACAAAGAUUAGUAAUACAAAAAUGCAAGACAUUAAUCGACAAGCGACACAAAAUUCUUCUGUCGAUGGAUCAAAAUCAGUUGUAAUGCGUAAAGUGAUAAGAAAUGGUCAGCCAGAAGAAACGGAAAUGAAGAAAGAUGUGAUUAAAGCACCUGAAUCAAAGAUGCAAAAAAUCGAUGUUGUCGAAGCCGAACAAGAAAAGGACAAGAAAAAUAAAUUGAAACCGUCUGUUAAACCUAAGUCGAAAAUGGGAAAGAGUUUGGCCGAUAAUGAAAACAGUGAUGAAGAAUAUGUCGUGGAAAAAAUUCUCGCUAAAAGACUAAACCCGAAGAAGAGAUGCUACGAAUAUCUUUUGAAAUGGGACGGUUACGCGCAUGAAUAUAAUACAUGGGAACCAAUUGAAAGUGUUUCGACUUGCAAAUAUUUACUCGAAGAAUUUGAAAGAAAUCUCGCGAAACAAAAGGAGCUGAAGGCACAACAGGCAGCGAAAAAUGCACUGAGAGCAGGUGGAACACAGCAGAAAACUUUAAUUAAAGCCGAGAAUGUGAAACCUGGUCCUAGUUCUGCAUCUCAAGCUGGAAGACCAAUGCGUUCGAGUAAAACCAAGGCAAUGGAUCAAGUAAAACAAUGGUGUGGAUCAAUGAAAGACGAAGAGGCAGAAUUAUUAGGUAAAAGAAAAAUACCAUAUUCGGACAGCGAUUCAGACAGUCCAGCAAAACGAGCAAAAGGAGAAACGGCAAGUGACGAGGACUGGACAGCCGAGUCCGACGAUGAUAAAAUGACAGGACGUAGCGAUAUGAUUCAACGUGCAUUUCAUCGUGCCAAUGUUCAAUCAAAUGGCUCGAAUCGAUCAAUUGUAUCGAGUUCGGAUAUUGGCGAUGGUGUGAAAUCAAAUCAACCGGUAUUGGUGGCAAAUGCAAAGGGUGUCGUUAAAGUUGAUCCAAAACAAGUGCCAAAUUUAUCGUCAGGCGUUUAUGUGAUGUCGAGAAAAGAUGGAAUAAUAAAACUCGAUUCAUCGGCUGGCAAUAAAAUGGGAGUGAAAGGUGCAUCGCCUGGACAAACAAGUCAAGUUAUAAUGGUACAACAGGGUCGUGAGACAAAUACAAUUGUUAGAAAACAAGUGAUUUCAUCGUCGCCAUCAAAUUCAACGACACCGGUUAAAGUUAUUUCAAAACCUGAUGGCACACAAGUCUAUCAACAAAUGAAAGUUGUCACUACACCGAAAAUAACACCAACUAAACAACAACAACAGCAACAACAACAAACGACAAUUGUCACGUCACCAAAAUCAGAACCAGUGAAAAUUCAACCGAAACCUGAUCUCAAUCAAAUGCAACAAAUUCACGUUGUUACGGCUGUUCAAUCGCCGAUUGCGUUACAACCGAGAAUUACAACAGGAAUUCGUCCUGGUGUAACAACAGUACAACGAACACCCGAUGGAAGAACAAUUUUACCACGAGCAAAUAUACGUCAAAAUACACCAUCAAAUAUUGUCAAUGUCGGUGGAAUACGUUCACCAGUACGUGCUCCCAUGUCACGACAAGCGACACCACGUCAAGCAUUACAAAAACGUUCACCAAUGGUCGUUCAACAAGGUACAGUAACAACACCAAGUCCCACGACAACUCAAAUGAGACCAAAAUUCACCACAGUCGCCGGUGGUAUUGCAAAAAAAGCCAAUCCCAUUCAAACAACAACAUCAACAGCAGCAACAAAACAAAUGCAAAAAAUCACACCCAAUAAGCCACAAUCAUUGAUUGCACAGCAAACACAACAAAAAUUAUUAAUGGCCAAACGAAAAUUACAAGAGCAAGCCGGUGUUAAACCAGUGGCUCGCGGUGGAUUAUUGGCAGGUGCACGUGGAACGCCAAUUCGUUCAAAACCAAUAAAACCCGAACAAAUUAUCAACGCAGCGAAUCAAGCGAAUAAACCAAAAGAAAGUAAACUCGCCGAGGGCGAUGGCCUUCAUAUGGAAUUCCAUGAGGUUAAUUCAGAGGAGAGUAGCAGCGAUGAUGAACCCGAGGUACCAACAAUUGAUACACAACCAAGCGCAACGACAACAACAACAACAGCAACAACAACAAACGAACCCGAGAGUCCACCACGUGAUUUUACACUUUGUCCAUUGACUGGUCGUAUAAUUGGUCCCGACGGUGAACCAAUUGAUCAACCAGAACCCGAACCACAAGAACCAACGCCACCAACACCUGUACAAAUUGUCGCAUCAGCCGAUAUUAAUCCCGAAGGUGGUGCAUCGGUGACAACAGCUGAAAUUGUUCUACCAUCGCUCGAUGGUUUAACCGAUGGCUCAGGUAUGAUGAGGGUUGAAAUGAGUCCCGGCGGUACAACUGGAACAAUUGUACAAACAAGCAAUGACGAACAAAUUACCCUCACAAAUGUUGUUGCACCCGAUUUGCCAUGCCUCGAUGACAGUGUCAAUGAAUCGACGUCGCCUACGACAACACAAAAUGAAACAAAAACAGAAACUCCAACAUCGACGACAACAACAACAACAAUAACAGCACAAGUGACUGCAACAAAUGAAUCAUCCUCAUUAUCGUCGACUAAAUUAUCAUCAUCAUCAUCAUCAACGGAGAAAAUAGCAAUAGCUGACGAAACGGAGAAUAGUGAGGAGAAAAAUGUCGCUGCAACUGUUGCAAAUGAUGAGACAACUAAUCUUGUGACAAUAACUGGUGACGAUGGUGUUGUUUAUCAAGUUGCGGGUCAAGCUGAAGAUGGACAGACAUUAUUGGUGACGCGAGGUGAUGGAGAACAAUUGUGCGCCUAUGUGACUGCCGAUCCACAAGAAGAGGGUUCGGUAUUAACAUUGGAUCAUGCUGUUGCUGAAGCUGUUGCACAAUUAUUGCCUGAUCAAACGAAUCUUGGCUCGCAAUUUUAUGUGAAAGAGGGUGGCGAUACUGGUGAAUCGACGGAUAAUAAUGAAAUGGUUAUGUCGAUUAUGGAUAAUUCAAAUGCGGCGGGUGUUGCCGGUUCACAGGACGAAUCUGAGGGACAAGUUGUUGCACAAGUUGUACAAGCCGAUGAUCCAACACCAGGCGGUACGAGAAGAGUCGUUUUACUUCUUCCCGAUGGAAAUCUAAUGAUGACGGAAGUUGAUGAGGAACAAUACGCAGCUCUCGAGCUCGACAAGUGAACAGUUAAAAGUGAUCAUGGAUUCAAAUUUAUAUAUAAAAAAAAAAAAGAAAUCAUGUAGCUAUUUUGCUAUAUUGAAAUAACACUUUCAGUAAAACAAAACAAAAAAAGUGUGUACUUUGAAAUAAAAUAUAAUCGUGAGUCGUCUAUGUAUAUAUAUAUAGGGACGUUCACUUUGUGAAUCAGUGACAUUAAAUUAAAAUGACAAUUUCACACAUACACACACACAUACACACGACAUUUUUUUUUUUCAAAAUAAAAAUUAAUUUUGACUUUGCUAAAAAAAAAAAAAGAAAUAUUGUAAAGAAAGCAAAAAACACACACACAUGAACACAAAAAAAAAUCAAUCACUUUAAAUUCAAAGCAAUCUAUGUGCUAUUGUAGAUUACAACCAUUUACUGUAACAUUCAUGUCUCAAUGUAUUACAGUUGGCUGACAAUUUUAUUUUAGGAUUAAUAUUAAUUUAUAUGUCGAUUCAAAUAUGUUUCAUUGUAGAAGGAAAAAGGGAAAAAUGUUACUGCUGUGAGUAGCAAUAUUUCACCUUUAAAUAUAGGCUACAAACACUUGUCAGAGGAAACAAAAAACAAAAAAAAAAUACACAUCUAUAUAAUUAUAUAUUUUAAGAAGAUGAAAAAAAAAACGUACCAUAUAAUCUAGGGUUUUAUAUUUCUCUCUCUCUCUCUCUCGUAUUAAUUUGUUGUCUAUUAUGUUCGAUGAUUUGUUUUCAAAUUACGAAAAAUUUAUUAUGUGAUUUUUGCUGAGCAAUUAUGGUAUGAAACCAUUAAUGCAUAAUGAUUAACUUGAACCUAGUUUAACUUGUCAAUAAAAGAAAAAUUUUUUUAAUUA